AUGGCUACCAUCUUUCAAAGAUUUGUUGCCCCAUACAUUCCAAAGUCACUAAAGUCUGGUAGAUUCGUUGUUGGUGAAAACGGUUUCUUUGACGCUCAAACUUUCCGUUAUCCAGCUCCAGGUUCACAAACACCACCAGAUGUUUCAAACAAGGUUUUUAUCAAGUCUAGACCAUUGGCAAAGAUUUACAAAUACUUGAAAAAGAGAGGAGAAGUUCAAUACAUGCGUCCAAGUCCACUCUUUUGGGACACUGAAGCAGAGGAAGCUGGUCAUCAAAAGGCAAAGGAAUACUAUGAAAAGGAACCAUACCAAGUCACUCAACCACGUAUUGCCAACCCAAAGGAAUACGUUCGUCAAUUAAACGCCACCGAAGGUUUCGAUCUUCGUAACCUCAACAACUACAAGAAACACAAGUCUCAAUUGGAAGAUGCUUGUCUCCCAAAGGACAGAUACUUGUUUAGAUACGAAGAAUACCAUGUCGAUACUGGUGACCAUAUUCCAAAGAAGGUUGAUAAUUUGUAUUAA